CCGGAUUUUCCGUUCCGCAGGGAUGAGCAGGUGCUCCUGGUGAAUCCGGGCCUCGGGGACCGGCUGCUGGUGGCGGCCACGGAUCAGCUCCUGGAUUCCUGGGAAGCUCCGGAGGAGGAGCGGAUCCAGCCGGUGCGCUGGAUCCCGGCCGGCCCCGAGGAGCGCGGGAAGGGGAUCCGGCUGCUGGUGCAGCACGACAAGCCGGUGACGCAGGUGACGUGGCACGGCAAGGGCGAUUACUGGGCCUCGGUGGUGCGGAACCCCGGCGGGCGGCAGGUGCUGAUCCACCAGAGCAGCCGGCGCUGGAGCCAGAACCCGUUCCGGAAAAGCCCGGGAAUGAUCCAGUGCGUGCGCUUCCACCCGCUCCGGCCCUACUUCCUGGUGGCCUCCCAGCGCUCCGUGCGGAUCUACAACCUCCUGCGCCAGGAGCUGACCAAGAAGCUCCAGAGCAACUGCCAGUGGAUCUCCAGCAUGGCCGUGCACCCCGGAGGGGACAACGUGAUCUGCGGGAGCUACGACAGCAAGCUGGCCUGGUUCGACCUGGACCUGUCCACGCGGCCCUACCGGCUGCUGCGGCACCACGGCCGCGCCGUGCGCUCGGUGGCGUUCCACCGGCGGUACCCGCUCUUCGCCUCCGGCUCCGACGACGGCUCCGUCAUCGUCUGCCACGGAAUGGUCUACAAUGACCUGCUGCAGAACGCGCUGCUGGUGCCGCUGAAGGUGCUGAAGGGCCACAGCCCCCGCCUGGAGCUCGGCGUCCUCGACGUCGCCUUCCACCCCCAGCAGCCCUGGCUCUUCUCCGCCGGCGCCGACGGCACCCUGCGCCUCUACACCUGAGCCCCGAUCCCACGGGAUCCGCCCCGAUCCGCAGGGAUCCACCCCGAUCCGGAGGGAUCCGCCGCCUCAGGAAGGCACCGCGCUCAAUAAAGGCUUUUUUUGGAUGCAAUUCCCGGCUCUUCGUGUCCUCAGUUUCCCCGUGUGCCCAGUAUUCCCAUUCCCACAUUUCCUACCCCUGACGUUCCUCGUGGGAAUCUGCCAGGGAUCCGGUGGGAUCCAGAGGGAUCCACCGCCUGUGGAAUUCACCGCGCUCAAUGAAGGCUCAUUUUGGAUACGAUCCCAGGAUCUUCAUGUGCCGAAUUCCCCAAUAUUCCCAUCCCACAUUCCCUACCCCUGACGUUCCCCGUGGGAAUCUGACGGGGAUCCGGUGGGAUCCGCCGGGAUCUGCCGGGAUCGGAAUUCCUGCUCCCAGCGCUCAGUAAAGGCUUUUAUUGGAUACGAUCCCAGGAUCUUCGUGUUCCAAAUUCCCCAAUGUUCCCAUUCCCACAUCCCUCAGUGUCCCCAGUCCCAUUCCCACAUUCCUGGCACCUGACAUUCCCGGGAUCCAGCGGGAUCCGCAGGGAUCCAGAGGGAUCCACCGCCUGCGGAAUUCACCGCGCUCAAUAAAGGCUCGUUUUCAAUACGAUCCCGGGAUCUUCGCGUCCCAAAUUCCCCAAUAUUCCCAUCCCCACAUCCCUCAGUGUUCCCAGUCCCAUUCCCACAUUCCUUGCACCUGAUAUUCCCGGGAUCCAGCGGGAUCCAGAGGGAUCCACCGCCUGCGGAAUUCACCGCACUCAAUAAAGGCUUUUUAUGGAUGUAAUUCCCGGCUCUUCGUGUCCUCAGUUUCCCCGUGUCCCCAUUCCCAUUCCCACAUUUCCUACCCCUGACAUUCCCAUGGGAAUCUGCCGGGAUCCGGAGGGAUCCAGUGGAAUUCACCGCGCUCAAUAAAGGCUCAUUUUGGAUACGAUCCCGGGAUCUUCGUUUGCCAAAUUCCCCAAUAUUCCCAUUCCCACAUCCCUCAGUGUUCCCAGUCCCAUUCCCACAUUCCUUGCACCUGACAUUCCCGGGAUCCAGCGGGAUCCAGAGGGAUCCAGAGGGAUCCGCCGCCUCAGGAAGGCACCGCGCUCAAUAAAGGCUUUUUUGGGAUGUCA